ACACUUAGCUGGUGAAGUACUUCUGGAAGAAGUUUUUCAGGAAUUUAUUUGUAAAACAUAAAUAAAUCGUAUCAAUAAUUACGUACAUACGUUAUAAAUGUUUGAAAACACGUUGUGCGUGUUUUGUUUAAUAGGAUAGUUGAAAAUAGAGAGCUCCUCAAAUGGCGGCCAACAAUAAUAAUAGUAAUAUGCACAAUUUGGGAGCACUGCAGGUGCCGAGUUCGGUGAUCUCCUCCACCGGCACCGUAGUGAAUCCCAUGAUGCAGGCGACCACUAGCGCCCAAAGUGCCUGGGAUCAGCUAACGGCGAGUGCAUCCAACAAUAUGACGCCAUCGCCAACAACGGCAACAGCAGCUGCAACAGCAGCAGCGGCAGCUGCAGCAACAACAGCAAUGACAACAGCAACAACAACAACAGGUACAGGAACAGCAGCUGGUAGCACGAUGGGACCAGAUACUGGAUCUGGACAUAUGAUGAGUGCAGGUAGCUCACCGGUGUCCAGCUGCUCAUCGCCAUCGACGCCGACAAAAUCAAAUCAUGCCGCGCCAACGCUGGAGGCAAUGGCGCAUACGCCGCAAGGUCCACCAACGCUGGGACCCGGCGGCUAUGGGGAGGAGCUCACCGCCGAGCUAGUGAAUCAGGGGUGGCGCAAGUUCUGGUCGAAGCGUGAGAAUCGGCCGUACUACUGGAACAAGGUAACCGGCGAAUCGCUGUGGGAAAUGCCUGGGGCGCGUCCCUUCGAUCCGCUCACGGAUCCGCUGGGCAUAUGCCAUGCUGGUGGCGGUGGCGUUGGUGGGCCAACGCCCAUGACGCCGCACCAGCAACAACAGCAUCAUCAUUUAAAGCGCCGGCCCUCGGAUGACAUGCACAUUCAUCCGCACCCGCAUCAUCAGCAGCUGCAACAACCUCACAUGGGUCAACAGCAUGGCGGUGGUCCACCAAUGAAAAAAUUUGUGCUUGCCGGCCCCUGGGAUCUGGAGGUGUGCACUAAUGCGGUGAUUGUUGAGCGGCCACCAACGUUACUGCCACAGCCGCAUCCGGAGAUUGAAGCAUUGCGCGCCGCCUCCUGCAUGAAGCUGAUCAAGACCUAUGAGGAUUUGUGCAUGCGCCGGGAGAACAUUAAAGCGCCGCGUGACUCCUUCAAUCGCUGGCUGAUGGAGCGCAAGGUCAUCGACACCGGCUGCGAUCCAUUGCUGCCCAGCAGCUGCCUGCCCGAAAUCUCCAGUUCCAUGUAUCGUGAGAUCAUGAACGAUAUACCCAUUAAGAUCAUCAAACCCAAAUUCACGGGCGAUGCACGCAAACAGCUCUCCCGUUACGCGGAGGCGGCCAAACAGAUCAUUGAGUCACGUUCGGCACCGGCUGAGUCCAAGAAGGUGGUCAAAUGGAAUGUGGAAGAUACAUUUCAAUGGUUGCGCCGAACGGUGGGCGCCAGCUACGAGGACUUCCAGGAUCGUUUGGCGCAUCUGAAGCGCCAAUGCGAACCGCAUUUGGUGGAGACCGUGAAGAGUUCGGUGGAAACGUUAUGCGUGAAGAUCUAUCAUCUGUCGGCGGAGCAUGCGCGAAAGAUACGUGAUCGCCAUUUGCAGCUGCUUAAGGAUCAUGGGAUACCGGAGCCAACGCCGCCACCGCCACCGCCGCACCUGAAGAAGGUCUGGUGCUAUCCAAUCCAGUUUGCGGUGCCCUCACCCAGAAUGCCGGCCAUCGAAUAUCUGCAGGAUCGCGAUCACAUGAUCAUCAAAUACACGCCCGCGUCGAUCAAUCAGCCAGAUGCUCAGUACAUCAACCUCACCUAUCUGCAGAAACUGGAGCAGCUCUAUCGCCACAAUUGUUUCGAUGACAAGAAAUUUGAUCUGUUCAUCGGGCGCGUCUGGUGUCUGCUCAAGCGAUAUCAGACAUUUUUGGGCAAUGCUCUCAACUCGUCGCAGGAGGCGGAGCUUACCCAGGCAUCGCUGCCAGUGCCCGCUUUCGAGUGCCUUCAUCGGCAUUUUGGUGUCAGCUUUGAAUGCUUUGCGUCGCCAUUCAAUUCCUAUUUUCGACAAUAUUGCUCAGCCUUUGCGGACACGGAUGCCUACUUUGGUUCCAGAGGGCCAUUUCUGGACUUUAAGCCAGUUUCCGGUUCCUUUCAAGUGAAUCCACCGCAAUGCGAGGAGCUAAUGGAUGCCUGUUUAAUACACAUUGAUAAACUGCUCACGGAUUCCAUGGAGCCGCUCAGCUUCAUUGUAUUUCUGCCAGAGUGGAAGAGCAUAUCCAAGCUGGAUGAGAGCAUGUACAAGCGUCGCUCCAUGGUGGUACUGGGCAUGGCGCACGAAUACAGACAUGGAUAUCAGCAUAUGCUACAGAAAUCCGAGGUGCUUAUCAAGUGCAUGCAAGGCACUCAAGUCGUUUGGCUGCAGAAUAGCGCCGGCUUUGCACGCUGGGGACCCAACGAGAUUCGUGUGGAGGCACUGCGUGAGGCGUUCCGGCCGCAACGUGAUCGUGAGCGUGAACGUGCCACUGUUGCUGCCGCAUCUGCCGCUGGCGGCAGCAACUCCAAUCAGCAGCAAUCGCCGCCAUCGUCAACAGUGGCAUCGACGGCCUCGUCAGCUGUUGCCACAUCAGCCACAACAGCCACGCCUUCCAUAGCAAAUAGUAUCAAUAGUAGCAGCAACAUCGGCAGCGGCAGUAGUAGCAGCACAUCAGCCGCCGUAACCGUAGCCAUUACAUCGAACAGCAUCGGCAGUCCGGCGUCAUCAACGUCUUCCGUGCUGACACCUCUGUCGCCGCACACGCCCACUGGGACACCAUCGCAAUUCCCGUUGACCAUCAGCAAUACGAGCAGCAGCAGCAAUUUGGUCGCCGCCUCACCAACGAUGAGCGUUCAGAGCGAUUGCUCAUCACCCUCUUCAUCCACAAUGUCCCUGUCGCCAGCACCAGCCUCCGGCGGCUAUCCGGAUGGUGGAACGACGGCAACAGCGGCUGCUGUUAGCAUAACGGCCACAGCAGCGAGCACAUCUGCUGCAUCGGCGUUUGGACCAACAACUAGCAUUAACAGCACAGCCGUCAUCAAUUCGGCUGUUUAGAAUGAAUUUGGGGCGGGAGUUUUGUAUACCACUUGUCUUAUUUCUUUAAGCUGACAGCAGUGCACCAUGGGGCUAAGUACCAUUAUUUUGUUUCCUUCAUUUAGCGUUUAUAUGUUAGGCAUAGUUUUGAAAUAUCUCGAGGGUAUUCGCUGAUUGCUAAGAGUACAGCUGUAAUUCUAAAGUAGUUUUUAAAAUAGUUGUUUUCUUAUUGUGCUAAACUGCCAAGUUUCUAAAUUAGUUUUUAGAACACGUAUUCGCUCAGUUUUCAGUCGGUCUUCAACUCAAUUUCUUUUCGAUACUUGAGUCAAGUCGCUCUGUCCUCUCUGUGAAUUCCCUCGACAAUUUGAACUAAUUUUUACAAGUUUAAAAUUUAAAUAAUUGUACAUAUGUUUUUUAUCAAUUAUAAAUAGCUGAUACUUAACUACGGCCUGGCUGUUGUUUAUCUUUGCAAUUUACCCUAUAUAUAAAGGCCAAGUUACCCACAAGAAAAAUAAAAAAGAAAACACAGAUUAAGGUUUAGAUAUGCAUACAAAGUAUGGGUAGAAUGGGUUCCACGUAUCCUUGAUUAGGGUAACAUAUAAAAACUAACAAAUUGUUUUCAAAUUCUUUAAACAUUAUAUAGCAAACCCAUAUAUAUAUACAAAUACAAAAUGCACUGAGGAUCAAACAAUGUUUUUGAUUUGUCAUUCCGUGCUGCACCUUAACUUUAUAUACAAUAUAUAUGAGUAAGCCCCAAAACAAUCUUUUGUGAGACUAUAAACUUAUAAUAUAGGGUUAUAACUUAAAGCGAAACUAAUUUAUCGUAUGUACAAAUCGAUAAAAACAUUUAACUUAAGUAGUCGAAAAAAAAAUUAUUAACGGAUCGCGCAGAGAACCAAAUUUGUAAUAAAAGAAAAGAAAAAAAAAACAAAAAGAAAAACAUAAGCAACAACUACGCACCGCACAAUGAACCUAAUAUACCUUUUAUGGGAUUUGUCACAAUCGAUUCUAUUGGAAUGCUUAAACUCAAAUCGCUAUCCAGUUGUGGAUUGUGUUCGGUUGGGCUGCCAAUGGAAUUCAUCGUGAAGAGACCUAAUCAAUUUUAAUGGGAAUUUAGCCAAUUUAAUAGAAACGUAGCAAACAAAUUACUGGCAACUUUAGAUAAAAAAUAAAUUAUAUAUAUAAGUUCAAAACAAUAUCAUCUAAGCUGAACUGUUACAACACCCGGCCACCCCAUCACCCAUUUCCGAUACGAUUCGUUACCUUUUUUUUAAAAAGCCCAUUCACAUAAAACCACAAAAAAGAAAACCGGCGCUUUUGUCGCAUAGAUUAACAAAUCGCAUAAUUAAAGUUUCUU